AUGGCUCCACAGUGGGUACAGCCAGAAAUGAAGAAGCUCUAUGCUGCGUUUGUCUCCAACACGAUAAAAAUGCAAUGCAAAGCAACAGGACACCCGGUUCCCGCAAUACAAUGGUACAAGAAUGGGAAACUGUUCAAGAGGGAUCACAGAAUCGGAGGCUUUCAGAUCAGAGAACACAUGGGGACUCUAAUAAUGACGUCAUUGGUUCCCUCAGAUAAAGGGAACUACACCUGUUUGGUGGAGAAUAAAUAUGGGCGCCUCCAACACACCUACCAGCUGAAUGUACUUGAGCGUCCUAGCAGGCCCAUCCUGCAGAAAGGGCUGCCGGCCAACCAGACGGCAGCUGUUGGCAGCGACGUGGAGUUUGUGUGCCGCGUUUUCAGCGACAUACAACCUCACAUGCAGUGGCUCAAACACAUCAUCAUCAACGGCAGCAGUGUGGGACCGGACGGGCUGCCCUAUGUUCGUGUUCUUAAAACUGCUGGUUUGAACACCACAGACAAAGAAAUUGAGGUGUUGACUCUGAGGAACAUAACCCUGGACGAUGCUGGAGAGUACACCUGUCUGGCUGGAAACUCUGUUGGGUUUGCCUACAGAUCUGCAUGGCUCACUGUCUAUGAUGGUACAUGA